AGACGGUUGACCCGGGUCCUCCUCCACACCCCCUUCCUUCCUCGCCCCCUCCCUUUCCCCUGCACCCGGGCUCUGGCUCGCUAUAAAAGGCGGGAGCGCGGGGUGCCCCAGCAGCGGAGAGUUUCAGCACCAUGGAGAGCCCCCGCCUGCGGCUGCUGUCCCUCCUGGGCGCCGCCCUGCUACUGAUGCUACCUCUGCUGGGCGCCCGUGCCCAGGAGGACGCUGAGCUCCAGCCCCGAGCCCUGGACAUCUACUCCGCCGUGGAGGAUGCCUCCCACGAGAAGGAGCUGAUUGAAGCGCUGCAGGAAGUCUUGAAGAAGCUGAAGAGUAAACGUAUUCCCAUCUAUGAGAAGAAGUACGGGCAAGUCCCUAUGUGUGACGCUGGAGAGCAGUGUGCAGUUCGAAAAGGAGCCAGGAUCGGGAAGCUGUGUGACUGUCCCCGAGGAACCUCCUGCAAUUCCUUCCUCUUGAAGUGCUUAUGAAGGAGUGUCCAUCCUUCACCAUAUGUCUCCUUUCCCCCUGUCCCCAAGAGGAUCAUGCCUUCAUCCCUGGAGUUUGGCUUUAGCAAAAAUAAAGUUUGCAUUCCCCUCUGAGGGUGAAGGGGCUCUUUUCCUGCUGUUCCAAAAUAAAAGAACACAUUUGAUGUUACUGUGUGAAGGAUAAUGCCUUGUAUGGUGUUGACAUGUGUGCAAAGUAUUCUUCUCUCAUUUUUUUUUUUUUGGUCUGACAAACUCUUGUGUACCUUUGUGUAAAGAAGAGGAACUUUGCUUUAAAAAUUGUAUUUUUGUAAGUGGCAUGGCAGAAUGAAAAUUAGAUCUAGUUAAUCUUGGUAGAGAACCUCACAACCUGGAGAAUAAAUCACUCUAAGAAACAUGAAUUGAAGCAUGUACAAAUUAUACAUAUUAAAGUGUUUUUAAUAAUUG